AUGGAAACGACUGAUCUUGUUUCUGUUACUCUUCGUGAUGCUGAAGAUCCAAAGUCAGAGUCUAACGAUGAUGAUGAUGAUGAUGAUAAGCUCACAGAAGAGUUCAAGAAAGAGAAACUCGAAGAUCUCAAAAGAAAAGCCUUUUACUCUGUUCUCCUUGCUUUCAGAGCUGAAACCUUGACUAUAGGAAACAAGAGGACUCAUCUCAUAGAGAAACUGAUGAAGGAGUUGAACAUUUCUCAAGAAACUCGCAUCUCUUUUGACGAUAACAUUCAAGAGAAUCUUAUUGCCCACCAACAAAGCGUUAUUUCAAAGUUCAAGGAAGCAGAACCGAAGCCAUUGACCAUAUCUGACAAGACACCACCUCUGGUUCCGACUUAUGUUGCUACACUUGGCUCAAGCUGGGGCAGAGUUAAUAAUCCCCAUGCUCUAGUUGGAAGACGGGUUCGUCUAAGAAUGUGUUGUGAAGAUGAGUUCGAAGACUUCGUGGUCAAAGAGUAUAACGCAAAAGAUGAAAUGCAUGGCUUGGAGAACGUAGACUCGAAUGCAAUGGAGAUGGAUGACGAGUUAAGCUGGGUGGAUGUCAGAGAAGUUCCACCGGAAGAUAUUAUAUGGAGAGAUGGAGAAGCGCCAUACUUUUAAACGCCUACUGCAUUGGGUGCAGGACAAUAAUGAGUAUCACCAAAACACUCUUAUGAACUUGUUUGAUUGACAUCUUUAGUACUUAGUUUUUUUUUUUGGAUGUUUUGGUUGGACUUAGAGAAGAAAUGGGUCAGUGUAAAGGUGUUCAACAUGAUGAUUCAAGUAACU